CCUAUGCGUCAUGUGGCUCUUGCUUUUGGCUACUUCCUCUUUUGCUUUGUAUCAAUACUGACUACACUGUUUGUAUAUUCCACCACGCGCUGAACGGAGGCUUUGUGAAAAGAGACUGUCAAAUACUUGAUGAAGAUUCAGACAUGUCAUCGGUCAUGGAUGGAGACCUGCAUUCUUUGUCAUCUUCCUUAUCAGCCUCAUCAGAAGCAGCAAGAACACAGAAAGACACUUCACCUAAGAGUGACAACAGCCUCUCCCAGAGCCAAGAGGAACACAAAUCAGCUGAAGAAUUAUGGACAGACAAUCUGAGGUCUAUAGGUGACAGACUGCUGUCCACCGAGGAGCAGGUCACUCUGAUCACUGAGAGUUUGACAGUCACCUCUACUGACCAGGAGAAACUGCUGCUGCUCAACAAGAAUACUGAGCUCCGUAGAGUUAACAAAGAGCUGAUGAAGCUGAAUGAGGACUGGGACCAGGUUUACCGCAGUGCCACACUGAGUCUGCAGAGCAGACUGGAAGCUCUGGAGCUGGAGAACAGUGCCAUCAAACAGCUAAACAGCCGACUGCUCCUCAAAGCUGAACACCAACAAAGUGCUAAGGAGUAUUAUGAGCAGGCACUGAUGAUGGAGCUGAAGAAGAACCAGGAGUUGCAAGAAUAUAUCAGGUUACUGGAGAGCAGGAUGCAUCACCAAGAGGCAGAUUGCAAACCUGCCAAACAGGGCAGCUUUAGUGCUGGGAUGAUUUAUCCUGGGUCAUACCCCACCAUUAAUAACCACAGAGGGCCCGAUAUCUCACGCAGCCAUGUUUCAGGAUACAAUGCUUCAUCCUCCUUUCCCCCAGUUUCUUCCAGUUCAGAGGCAAGAUGGCAGGGAAAAUACCAAGGCAAUACCUCACUGGGAGCAUUGGGAAGCUCCCAGCAAGAAGUACAAGAUUUAAAAGAGCAGUUGGAGGCAUUGCGAUGUCAGACGGAGAUUUAUGAAGCAGAAUAUCAGACAGAGCACAAUGAUCACAAGCACACGCUGCAGGAGAACCGAAGGCUGAGGAAGAAGAGGGAAGAAAUGUGCCAGCAGGUGACGCUGCUGCAAGAACAGCUCAAGAUUUAUGAGGAUGAUUUUAGACGGGAGCGGUCUGACAAACAGAUGCUGCAGCGCCUGUUGUUACAGAAAACACCUCCAAACAAGGACCCAGUGCUUAUCCAUCGCUGCAAUAAUGAUCAAGACCGACUAGAGGGAGACAAGAAGACACACAGCAGAGAGAAAAAAAAGCAGCACCACCCACUUUGUCCAAAGCACCCAAACAGGGACAAAGACUUGGGCUGAGGCUUCAUGGGAAAGAAACACAUGAUCAUACAGAGUAGCAAGUUGAUUAUUAAUGUAUGAAUGAAUCCUUCUUGUAUGAGGAACUCAAAUUUUUACCAAUAUUAUGCAAAGCUUCAUAUUAUAAUCUAAGAUGAAAGAAAAUCAAGCUUUACAAACAAUUUUUAUACUUGCCAACUCUGGUACUUUAUUUAAAACAUCUAAUAUAUAUAUUUUACUUUUAUAUUUCUAUUAUUAGUCUGUCACACACACACACACACACACACACACACACACAUAUAUAUAUAUAUAUAUAUAUGUAUGUAUAAAACGUUGAUGUUAUUCCGUGAAUGUAGGACAUUUAAGUAGAAUUAUGUAAUGGUAAUUUCUCCAUCUCAAACAAUUUACUGAACAGAAUAAUAGUGGUGUGUAUACCACAACAUAAAAUGUCAAUGUUUCAAUAAAUUGUCACAUGUUAGGUGUCGUCUUGUUCUGGUGAUGUCAAAAUGUGAACAGAAUGAUGAGCAGGACUGUUUAAGUAGAAGUUUUCAUUGAACCAGAACAGUGAGUGGUCCAUUUCAGGUUUUGUUUGUCUUUCAUUUAUUCAUCCUGUUGGAGAACAAUAAGUUGUGCAAUAAGCAUUUAAACAGUAAAUUAUUCUACGUGUGCGCUGAAAAGUUUAGAAGAAGUGAGAGUAAGUUCACCUUUAAAGGUUAAAGUAUAUUUUGGUACAUUCUGAAAUCAUACAAAAAAGACAAGUAUCACUAUCUCUUUGACAUGAAUUUUUUCUGACUUUUCUAUAAAAACUGUUUGGUGACUGAAGCCACGGUGCCUGCUCGCUUAUUUUAAUUCUUUAUUACUUCUUUAAUUAGAGAUUUUUAAUUUUUUUUAAAUGAUCUAUUCUCUAAUUACCCAAUGCCUAAUAAUAAACAUCC